CAAAUCCAACACGCCACUCCGGAUUCGAGAUUUUCUACAUAUGGCAGGAUCCUCGGUUUCUACGGGAUGGGUCUCUGAAAGAGCCUGAUGCGAGAAUCCAAAUAAUACAACAUAACCUUCGAGAAGUGGUUCCUUGCCUUGUCUUUGAAUGUGCAUAUAUGAAUGAGAAUGAGGCCACAUUGGUUUCUGAGACCUUGAGAUGGGCCGAGUGUGGCGAGUUCUCUGUCGGUUUGAAGAUUCAGGACAUAACUGGUUGGCCGACAUCCCCCCGACUAACAUUCUAUAUUGCCGGUACAUGCGGGACGAUUGUUACACGAUACACCAUUCCUCACGAUGCAGCUGAUCCUCGCCAUGACGUUAUAACACACCCUUCUGUGACGAGUCUGGAGUCCAUGGAACGGGUGUUCAAAACCAAUUUGCCACCAGACAGUCCGGGAGAUUACUUUCAGCACAAACUGCAUAAAGUACCACCGUCAGCAGGAGACAUGGGCAAACUCGAAAAGUGCUACCAAAUGCUUGGGCUGCCCCCGAAGCUUUCAAUGAAUAUUAGUGUUUUUGAACAGCUCAGGGUGCAGCAAGGGGAAGGCCGAGAGUACUAUGUUGAAGAAAACGAUGAAGGAGAGUUUGGAGCGGUAGCAGAAGAUGAUGGUGCGUCUUGUUCUUCUCGACCAUCGCUCUUGGAGCCCAAAGAAGUGAAUGAUGGGGUUCUGGUCGAUGGCUGUUUUAUUCCGAUAUUGAUAUCAGCAUUGUAUGGCAAAAAUCCUCCGCCAUCACCUCUUUCUCCCAAUGAUCGACUGCUCUUGGACGUAUUUACGAUUCGAACGCAUAUAUCCUAUGCUAUUUCAAGAUUAGUGAGAUAUACAGAGCAUCUGAGAGGGAGCGUCAAGGCGGUGGAAGGGAUGACUUAAAGGGAGUUGAGAGCUUUCAAGUGAUAUUUUUGUUUUGUUGCUUUGUAUGAAGAAUUGGACAAUGGCAUUUCGAAGUAAUAUCAGCUAAAUUUUAUUGUGAGCAAUGUUUAAAGGAAC